AUGGAUGAAACGGCAUCGCACACACCAAGCAGUCCAGCUGAGCCAGUCUCAGACCCCGCUGUGUCACCGGCACAAGGCGGUGUUUCAAUCGCGGCAGCACCAUUGGAAGUAGAUGACAACUCUAGCACCACCGAUGAUGCAUCUACUAUCGACGACCGAAUCUCUUCAUACACAGCCUCUUUGACAUCAAGUGUUGUAGACUACCCGGAAGAGUAUGGUCGAACAUAUCAUGCUUUCCGGGCAGGAUCAUACAACUUUCCAAACGAUGAGAGAGAGAUGGAUCGUCUAGACUUGACGCAUACCAUGAUUGUCAAGACCAUCGGCAACAAGUUCUUCCUCGCCCCCAUCAAGGCUGAGGUGACGCACCGCAUCCUCGAUGUAGGAACCGGUACCGGAAUCUAUGGGUUGGUGCCGCCGAACGUCAGAUUCGAGAUUGACGAUGUCGAAAGCGCUUGGGUUGUCAACGAGAAAUACGACUUUAUUUUCACGCGAUACAUGGCUGCUUCAAUCGCAGAUUGGCCGAAGCUGGUCCAUAGAGUAUAUGAAAACCUCGCGACAAACGGCUGGGCUGAAUUCCAAGACAUGAGCGUUCUCUACGCGUGCGAUGACGGAACACUGACCGAGAAGCAUGCAAUCAUGAAGUGGGACCGUCUUUUCAUCGAGGCUUGCAAAAUGCUGGGGCGCGAAGACUCCCCUGGCCCCAAUCUCGAGGGUUGGGUUCGUGAAGCUCCCUUCAAGAAUGUGGUUCACCAGCACUUCAAGAUUCCUCUGGGUCCAUGGGCCAAGGACGCGCACAACAAGGAUCUUGGAAUGUGCAAUCUUGCUCAAACUCUUGAGGGCCUCGAUGCAUUCACCUUGAAGCUGUUCAUUGGCGUGCUUGGAUGGACUAGGGAAGAGGUGAUGGCGCUGUUAGCCCAGGUUCGCCAAGAAUUGAAGAGUGGUGCUUUCCACGCAUACCUUAACUACCACGUCGUUUACGGACAGAAGAUUGAAGAGGAAGAGGAAGAGGAAGCAGCUGCGGAGGACUAA